AUGUAUUUAUAAUCGCCAUUGUUCGGCUCUUGGUUAUGGGUUUGCAACUGGGCUUUGGGAUUCACAUGUACACAGGAAUCCACGAUUUCAAGAAGAUAACGGAUUUCGACGAAGACAUGGGGAACAAGCGUGUGGUUGAGUGCAUCCACUGCACAUUUUACUUUCUUGUUCUCCACUCAGCGCUGGUGACGCUGCUGAUCUUCUUCUCCUUUUUCAAGGCGUUGCUGUGCCCAUUUGUUUCCUGGAUUCGUGGAGUCUGUUGGUCUUGUGGCGGUGGUUGUAAGGGAGGUUGUGUGGGUGGCGGUUGUGGGAGGACCUGCUGCUCGUUAAGCAGGGUUCCGUUGAUGGAACGUGUGGAUAGAGCGCAGAGGGCCAUGGAGAUGGGCGUGACUUGGUACGUGCAUCGCCAUCAGCACUGGUACUUCACUGCAGUCGAAGCUCAGGCGAAGAAACAGGACUGUGGACUUCAGGGGUACUGGUUUCUCUCGGUGAAGGAGCUUGUAAAACAGGUGGGUGACCACCUGCCUGACCUGGCCGAUGAGAAUAGGUACGCGGCGUCAAAGCGACGAGGAAGAAAGGUCGGGAAGCAGCUGACUAUGGCCUUGGAUUCUCUUCUGGAGCUGUCGAGAGAACAGAGGGUGUGCGACUGCGGGGAUGAUAGCUCACCAGAUGAGACGGCCAGUUACCUGAAGGACUUGCCUCAGACAAGUCGUUGCAGGCACGACGUGGACGCGUGCCGGGACUUUGCACAAGCUGGAGGCUAUCUUGUGAUGCUGCAGGUGCUGAAUUCUUGCCCGGAGGACUCAGACGACGUACACCUGGCCGCUUCUAUCUUGUCAGGAUUUGCUGCAGGUCUGUCGGUCCUGACCUGGCAACCUGGCCAGUCGCAGGAGAUAGUAGAAAUGCUGGAGCACGAAGACUUCUGCUGUUGUACGAGGCAAGUGCUCAAGCGCUUGGGUAAGUUGAUGCAGCGAACUAUCGUUCCAAAAGGGAAGGGUCAUUGUAAUCCGCAAACGAUCGUUCCAAAGGGCAAAGAGGAUUGUAAUGCGGAACGCACUCAGCGGCUGCAAGAAGCGCUCGUGUCAGCAAUCUGUUCGUAUGCGCACGCAGCGAGCGACAUUGCCGCACACCUCCAGUGGCAUGCAUCUAAGGUUGCACGAGCAGGUCGCGCACAAGCUUCUAGUGUUGCACAAGCAGGUAGCGCACAAGCUUCUAGUGUUGCACAAGCAGGUAGCGCACAGGGGAACGGCAUCGUAAAUGUUGAUGACGAGCGUAAGAAGCACCUGCGUAUGCUAAGUAAUGCCUUCACCACUUUCUGUCCUGUCGGAUGGUUCCUCGAAGUGCAGUUUCCUCAAUUUCAAGCAGUCUCUGACGGCUGGUUUCUCUGGUUGGAGACAGUAAGGUGGGAACUAACGCAUGGAGGUGAUGGCAUCAUUUUGACGACCCUGAUGGACUGCGCAAGUCGUCCAUCAGACUUCCCACGCAAGGUGGUGGCUGACUCCAUCAGGACCCUCUCCUCUCUCUUCUCCCGCAGGAUGAUCUAUUGGCACCGGUUCGAUAUGCGGCACGAGGAGCUACCGGACCCCUUCGUCAGAAUCACACCUCUCAAGAACUCAGCAGAUCUGCGAGAAGGACUGAAAAAACUUGUUGUCCAGUGCUGCAAUGAGGAUGAUCCAUUAUUUUCGGUGCCGGUGUUCUCGAAGCUGCAGCUAGCCAAGAUGCUUAUCUCUCAAGACAUAAGGGAUAAUGACGAGAAGGUGGUCCAGGUGCUGUUGUUGUGCUUGCGUUGUUGGAGGCGAUCUCUGGGUGCCAAGGAGCUUGAUUGGCUGGCGUGCGAAACUGUGGAGAUGCUCAGAGAUGUGGUAAGAAGUUCUCACAAUCCAGCGGAAAUCAGCAGGUUCAUUGCCAGCUCGCCUGGGGGGCUUGAAUGCCUCACUCUGAUGCUCCAACCUCGAUUCCCUAGGAUUGCCGCUAUUCGAGUGGACACCGAACAAGACACCUCUGACGCACCGGUGGCACCUUUGUCUGGGGACGAAGGUAGGGGUCCCUCCGCCGAGGGUCAGGUCGACGCAGCUAGCUCCUCCUCCAGCGCUUCCAAGGGCGCAUUCAGAAAUUUGUUCAGGCAUGUCACCGACGCGAGGUGGGCCGGGGAUAAGCAGGUUUCCAUUCGGUACUCCGCCCCUGCUGUAGGGCUAUUACAAGACAUCAUCACCACCACUAGCGGAGGCGAUCAGGACACAAGAGAGGUGCUCAAUCAGAAUUUCUCGGCGUUCCUUUCUAGUCUAAUGUGCGUGAUGAUGAAUCUCACCAAUGUCAAACUACAAGGCCGGAGUUUGACUCACGGAUCAGCGGAAGGGCAGAGGUGCUGUAGUGGGCCUUGUGGUCGGUCCGAGACGGGUCAAGCUUGCGCAAAGAGGUGGUUUCGACAGAUCUUAGUCGGCUUCGUGCUGCUAUUUGUGGAGUCGCUCGGUCAUCCAGCCUGGCACCCGCCUUGUUCAUGCAUGGAGAAAAUAAGCAGUGUUUCUGAGGAGGAACAGGACAACAUCAUAGAGCACCUGGAACUGAAUGUGAAUAUCCUGCUUGGAGCGAGAUACGCCGUGAGUUUGGUUAACCAUCUCAUCGAUUCUCGCCGGGAGAGGCUCAGUCUGGCGGAAGUGAAACUGCUUAUCGAUCCAUUGCUUUGGUUGCGUCAAGUCCGAGCUCCUCAGCUGCAUUUAGUUCUUGCACUUCGAGAUUGGAACGAGGAGAUUAAAAGAACUAUUACGAGGUUGCUUCAUAACAUUAAACCUUUUAUACAGGGUAAGGUGGAAAGCAGUGCACCGUCGCAAGAAGAGAAAGAAGUGUGGAAGGCUUUUCUGGGCAAGCUCGAAGAGCAGGAGAAAAAGGAGCAACAAGAGAGAAGAAACAGGCCUCAGGACGAACCCACCGACAGCGGCGACAGGCAAAUUCAUCAGGCGAGGGGGGGUCAACUGGGUACGGGAAGGCAAAAACAGGGGACGACAACUUCAAGGCCACCUUCUCACCCGCUGACCAUCGGAGGGGCUGGAGCCCAAGGGGGUGGAACCAGUGACCAGAAUGCAGAUGACAAUGGCGACCAGCUUUCUCACAAUAGGAGACAAAAGGGGAGGGGGAGGGGGAGGGGGAGGGGGAAAUUCUUGCCUGAUGAUAGUGAUCAAAAUCGCAACAUGGAGCUGGCCAGGAAGCAGAACGUGAGCAGCGCAGAAGGUACCAACCAGGGUGUUGCGUCGGAUGCAACCCCUUCGGGCAGGCCCAUUCUAUCGACGGAUGGGAUUGACAAGUCUAUGCAGCAGGCGUCCAGUAGUGGGGACGCACGUGAUGCUGGGAGGCAAGAUCCUGUUUCAAGUGACGCUUACGGUGAAAGCACAAGUGCUCAGCAGAGUCAACACACAGGAGAAUUGGCCCAAUUGGGAUCUGGAUCUACGAGUGCCCAGCAUGUCCAGGAGACGUCAGACUCCACUGCAGGAGUGCGUAGUACGGAAAGCAGCAGUCACGAUGCAUCUCAAGCCAGCAGAGGAGAGAGCACAAGCGCACAGGAGAACAGCUCUCUAACAAGGCUACCUCCUGCCGUGAGCGGCCAAGCAGACACCGCCGAUCCUGAAGACAAGAACGGGAAGCGCAUGCCCUUGCUUGCAUGAUGAAUUGAGAUGUCUUCAUCUGACUCAGACUGACUGACCAGCAUAUCCGAUGAUUAAGCUGGACAUCUUUGGACUGAUCAGAACCGAUACUAUACAUGAUCUUCGCCCAAAGGAGGUCUGCGGCCCCUUGUUGGAGAAGAGGUCUGGGAUGUAUAUGAACCGAUACUACGUGUUUGUACUUUGAUCUUUAUGUGUAUGGGACGCUGGACCCGUUUUCCAGCACGUGAUGCUCCCCACGAAUAGAUGGAGUAAAAU